AACAACUGCCAGGAAAUGUUGCAUUCUCCGCGCAACCCCUUAGAGAGCUCUUGCCAGAGACUAAAAGUGAAAGUGGAUGAUACAAAACCCACAAAGUAUUUCAUGUGUCUUAACUGUUCAAGUAAAGAAAGUAAAUUGUUGGUGAGUUCUUUUUCUGCUAAAAAGUGCGACUGCGGGUCAUUCAUCAAAGAAAUAGAAAUGCUGGAAGAGCAUGGUGGUGACGAUGGUGUUUUUGUCAAAGGAAAGGCCAUGUUCUUGAUCUAUGAUGACUUGACAGUGCGCCGAAGCUCUCCAAGUGAAUCCAUUAAAUCACCCCUCAAACUUGGACACAAAAAACUCGAAAACCAGAUAGUAGAGCAUCUUGACAGGAAAAAGAUACUAAACAUACUGAAGCAAGCAUUAACCUCCAAAACCCCGCUUAGUGAUGUAUUAUUAGGAAAGGAGUCCAAGCGAUCGGUCUCAUUCUCACGAGUUAUUGGCUCCAGUGGUUCCAAAGAUUAUUUAGAAAUCAAGGUAAUGGUGAGCAAAGCAAAGAACAAGAUUCUAUUUGUUGAAGCAGAUGGAGAUUUUGUCGAUUUUCUAGCCAGCUUCCUCACAACACCUCUUGGAUCUAUUAUGAACCUUAAGAGUAACAAUUUUUCCUUUUGCCUCAUACCACUUCUUGCAUCUAUUCUGAAGAUUAAGAAUGGCAAAUUGUCGUUGGGUUGCAUUCGUAACUUAUACAAAAGUGUGAAGAAUCUGGAUCCAUCGUGGUUCAUAGAGUCAUCAAACAGAUCCUUACUGAAUCCAAAGGUGGCUCCUCAUUUUGGUUGUGAGAGAAAUCCACUAUUGAAUGCAAAUCAAUAUGACACUGCCAAAUAUUGGUAUGGCCUUAGAGAAAUGAAAAAUGAGAAGGGUCGUAUCAUCUCUGAAAAAAGAAUGAUUUCAAAGAAACGCGAUAUGCUACAACAACCAAAAGAUAUCAAACUUUUGGACCCAAGAUCUUCCGAUAGAGCAAGAAAAGAUGGUGUGGGAUUUAUGAAGAGGCCGUGUCUAUUUGUUGUGAAUGAUGAUCUGACAGUGUUACCAAUGACAACUACUUCAAGUAUUCCAUGUUCAUUUAUGGAUGACACCCCGUUUACUAAAUUGGAGGAACAUUUGGUGAAAAUAAAGAAGUCAGAGGCAAUAAACCUCUUGAGGGCUUCUUUAACAUCCGACAAAGGUGCUUUUACUCGGAGCCUAUCCUUCUUAUUGUGGACUUGGAGAUUCCAAAGACUCAUUCCAGGUUGGAGUUUCUUUAGAAGGAAGAGAAUAAAAUGGGAAGAAAAAAGAAAAAGACAAAAACGUGAGAAAGAUAUCGACUUAAAUGAUAAGAAAGAGAAAAAGAAACAAAGUGUUGUAGAAUCUAAAAGGGAGAAGGAAGAGAACAAUAAUAAUUCAGUGCAGAAUACAAAGGAAGAAGUCAAACCCAAAAGUGUGGGUGAUAAGUGAUAAAGGGUGGAGUGGAGCAAUGCU